AUGCCGCCAUUGAUAUUACACAACGUCCCAGAUGAGGAACUGUAUGUUGGCGAAGACGGCAUACAAAGACCGUAUGCGAUGCUGUUUCCUGGCAAUGACGGCAAUCCCUCAGUACCGCGGCCGCGGAGAACCGUAGCAGAGACUGGAUCAUUUGGGAAAUCAACAAGGAGAUCGCGAUCAAGAACUGGAACGCCGGCGGCCAAACGUGAAGAUCCAACUCUGGUAGCCGCCGAUGCCAUCUUCUCGAACUUCCUGACCAGCAGAGCGACCGCUGCGCCCGAACCACAGCGCAAUCCCUCAUUACCUUCAUCGGCCUCCCAGCCUAAUCUAUCGGCGUCAGGGGCCCUGACAUCCGCCGAAGGCAACACAGGCACUACUGCGAGAUAUGUCCAUAAAGAGCCUACAGAAGUCAUCUUACGAGGCUUCAAAGGUACCCAUCAGUACGCAGCGAUAAGAGAGUAUGAGCGAAUUGGCGGACGAAUAUGUGAAGACUACCCGAGACAUCCUCCACUAGAACAGCGUCGGUACAAGUCCGACUUGAGAGAUCCAGCCACCCUCCGGACACAUCCCAUGACGGCGGAAGAGAAGGCGAAAGCGAUGAGAUUUGCCGGCGGCGAGCAUUGGAUAAAAGUGACAUUCGACUCGACUGAGGGAGCGGAAGCAGCUGUUGAUGCCUCCCCACAAACCGUAUUAGGACAUGUAGUCUACGCUGAACUCUAUCGAGGCGUCCCUCCCACCUCUGAUGAAGCGAUCACAGUAGGAGGGUCAAGCCGCGCCGCGCAGACUGUAGGCACAGCUGCAGGUCAGCAUGGACUGUUUGGGCCACCUCGACAAUCCCAUACUCUCCCACGGUCCUUCACAACACCGGCAAUGAGCCAAGUCGGACGGGAGGCUUCCGUCACUUCCCCCACAAACUCCAAUACAUCCUCUGACACCGUCGAAACCGGUACCUUAUCGGCCGGAACUACAUCUUCAGGGACCGUCAUUGGCCAACCAACGUCCCAAUCUGCGGUCCAACCCACCCCUCAACCCCAGAUGUCCCAGGUCUUCUGCCAACGUAUCCCAACCGCCAGGAGAGCGAAACUCCUCCCAGCGGAAGAAGCGCUCUUACCUCAAAAGUCAUCUUGGCAGAGAAUAAUGGCGCAAGUACCAUUCUUGAGCUGGUUCAGUGGGGAGGUUAUUGGGAGCCAGGUACCGAGAAAAGAGACUGGAGAGUUCGACUGGGACAGAGCUAGUAUGUAUUGGAGAACUGUUUAUUGGUUAGAUAUGUGCACCGGGUGGUUCGAUCUUGUAGCUGGCGAGAAGGAGGAUUGA